CCCGGUGCGUGUGGCGGGGCGGUGCGCGGCGCGGCGCUGCGGGCCCGGCCGGCCGCGGGCACGGUAAGCGGGCGGGCAGCCGGCCGGCGGCUGGCGGCGGGAGGCGGCCGAGGAGCAGGAGCAGGAGGCCGAGGAGGGGGCCCGCUGCCCGGCGCCCGCCUGCCGCUGCGGCGGGAACGCGGCGCCGCGUCGCCAUGGCGCCCUGAGCCCGGCGGCGGCCGAGUGGCAGCGCCGAGGCCGCGUCCCCGCCGCGGGCCGUGAGCGGGCCCCAUGCCGAGCACCUCGGAGGCGGCGGCGGGCGGCGGCGGCGGCGGCAGCGGGGGGAGCCGGGGCUGGGCCGGCGGCGGCGGCGGGGCGGAGGCGGGCGGCGACAAGAAGCGGCUGCACCACCGGCGGCGGAAGCGCUUCGCGGCCCAGCCGCAGCCGCCCCCCCCGCCGCCGCCGCCGCCGCCCGCCCCGCACCCGCUGCUGUUCCCGCUGCUGCAGCCGCCCCUCCUGCAGCCGCCGCUCCUGCAGCCGCCGCUGCCGCCGCAGUCGCUGCUCUUCCUGGCGGCCACCGGCGCCUCGUCGUGCUGCGGGGACGGCGGGGAGCGGAAGCGGCCGCGGGGCAAACGGCGCUCGGGCUCCCGGCACAAGCGGCGGCGGGGCCGCGGCGGGGGCGGCGGCGGCGGCGGGGCGCAGGAGGCGGAGAAGCGGCGGGGCGGCGCGGGGCUCGGCACCCUGCUGGAGGAGUACGACGACGUGAGCUCCCAGUCCGAGGGGCUGGUGGGCGGCGGCGCGGCCGGAGCCGGCGGCGGCGGUGGAGGAGGAGGAGGAGGCAGCGGGGCGGGGAGCCCGGCCUCCUCCCCCGGCGGCAGGCAGCGGGGCGAGGCGGAGAGGAGCAGCCGGUCCCGCCGGGAGCACCGCAGCAGCAGCGGCCGCUCCAAGGAGCGGCACCGGGAGCACCGGCGGCGGGGCGACGACAAGCCGCAGGAGGGGGCGGCCUCCUCCAGCCGCGGGGGUGGCGAGGCCACCUCGUCUUCGUCCUCUUCCAAGUCCCGCAGCCGCCACAACCACACCGGCGGCCAGGACCGGGAGGGACUCAAGAGCAGCAGCAGCAGCGACCGCAGGAAGGGGUCCCUUGCCUCGCCCAGCAGCAGCAGGAAGGAGCGGGAGAGCAAAGCCCACCGCAGCCGGACUAAAGCGGCCAAGGAGCCGCCGUCGGCUUACAAGGACCCGCCGAAAGCCUACCGGGACGACAAGCCCGAGCCCAAAGCCUACCGGCGACAGCGCUCGUCCCCCAGCCCCGGGCGGGAUGACAGCCCCCCGCUGCACCGCUCGUCGCAGAGCCAGCGGAGCCGCAAGUCCCUCAGCCCCGUGGGCGGCCGCUCGCCCCUCAGCCCCUACAGCCGCCGCCGCUCCCCCAGCUACAGCAGGCACAGCUCCUACGAGCGUGGCGGGGAUGUGUCGCCCAGUCCCUACAGCAGCUGGCGGAGGUCACGGAGCCCCUACAGCCCCGUUAUCCGGAGAUCAGCAAAAUCUCGAAGCAGAAGUCCGUACUCAUCAAGGCAUUCAAGGUCUCGUAGCAGACACAGGUUGUCCAGAUCCAGAAGUCGCCAUUCGAGUAUCUCUCCUAGUACAUUGACUCUGAAGAGUAGCCUGGCUGCUGAGCUGAACAAAAACAAAAAAGCAAGAGCUGCUGAGGCAGCUAAAGCCAGUGCUAAAGCUUCCAACACUUCAACACCUACCAAGGGAAACACUGACACUGCUGCAAGCGCACCUCAAGUGAACAAUGUAAAGGACCUGAAGAAAAUAAAAGUUGAGCAUACACCUUCUCCUACAAGCAGUGCAAAUUUGAAGAAUGACAAGGCAAAAGCAAAGGCCCCACUUCCGGAAACUAAAGGAGAAAAUAAUUUAAUUGCAGACAAAAAUACUAAACAGAAAACUGCAGCAGUAAAAGAGAAUAAAACAACUGUUGUAAAACAGCAGCCGGUCACUGUAAAAGAGAAAACCAAACCGAGUACACCGAGUGUAGUAACCAAGGAGAAGGAUCGCACUGUUGCACUACCAACCUCCACACUGCCACCCUUGCCUUUGCCUCCCACGCUGCCUGAAGAUAAAGACAAUGAUAGUAAUCUGCGAGAGAAUCUUUCAGUGAAGACAGUUAAAGAAGCAGAGAAGAAACUUCGCCAUCUGCUUGCAGACUUGCCACUUCCACCUGAGUUGCCUGGAGGAGCAGAGUUAGCCAAAAGUCCUGAAGAAAAGAAACCAGCAGUUCAGUUACACAGCAAGAGAAGACCAAAAAUAUGUGGACCACGACAUGGUGAAACAAAAGAAAAAGAAAUAGACUGGGGAAAGCGCUGUGUGGAUAAAUUUGAUAUCAUUGGUAUUAUUGGUGAAGGCACUUAUGGGCAAGUUUACAAAGCCAGAGAUAAAGACACAGGAGAAAUGGUGGCACUAAAGAAAGUGCGUUUGGAUAAUGAAAAAGAAGGGUUUCCAAUUACAGCUAUUCGGGAGAUUAAGAUUCUUCGACAGCUCAAUCACCAAAGCAUUAUCAACAUGAAGGAAAUAGUGACAGAUAAGGAAGAUGCUUUGGACUUCAAGAAAGAUAAAGGUGCAUUUUACCUGGUGUUUGAAUAUAUGGACCAUGACUUGAUGGGACUGCUGGAAUCUGGUUUGGUUCAUUUUAAUGAAAAUCAUAUAAAGUCCUUUAUGAGACAGCUGAUGGAGGGUUUGGCCUAUUGCCAUAAGAAGAACUUUUUGCACAGAGAUAUCAAAUGUUCAAAUAUUCUACUAAAUAAUAGAGGGCAGAUAAAGCUUGCAGAUUUUGGGCUUGCUCGGCUGUACAACUCAGAAGAAAGCCGACCAUAUACCAACAAAGUUAUUACGUUAUGGUAUCGGCCUCCUGAACUUCUGCUUGGAGAAGAAAGAUACACGCCAGCUAUCGAUGUCUGGAGCUGUGGCUGCAUCCUGGGUGAACUUUUUACAAAAAAGCCAAUAUUUCAAGCAAAUCAAGAACUCGCUCAACUGGAACUUAUAAGCCGAAUUUGUGGGAGUCCUUGUCCAGCAGUGUGGCCUGAUGUUAUAAAAUUAGCUUAUUUCAACACGAUGAAACCAAAGAAGCAGUAUCGUCGAAAACUAAGAGAAGAGUUUGCUUUCAUCCCACCGGCUGCAUUAGAUUUGUUUGAUUAUAUGCUUGCUCUGGAUCCCAGCAAACGCUGCACAGCCGAACAAGCCCUUCAGUGUGAGUUUCUGCGAGAUGUGGAACCAUCUAAGAUGCCUCCCCCAGACCUUCCUUUGUGGCAGGAUUGCCAUGAGCUGUGGAGUAAGAAACGCAGAAGACAGAAGCAGAUGGGCAUGACUGAUGACGCAACAGCAACUAAAGUCCCUCGGAAGGACCUGUCUCUAGGCAUGGAUGAGAGCAGAACCAACACCCCACAAGGCAUGCAAACUUCUUCCCAACUCAAAACUCAGGGCAACUCUAGUGUAGCACUUGCAAAAACAAGCACUGGACAGCAGUUAAACCAGAAUGAAGUGGCAAUCCUGCUAAACCUGCUACAGUCUAAAACAAGUGUUAGUUUGGCACAGUUUGCCCAAGUGUUGAAUAUUAAGGUAAACCCAGAGACUCAGCAGCAACUAAAUAAAAUAAAUCUUCCUGCUGGAAUUUUGUCAGCAGGUGAAAAACAGUCAGAACAGCAGCAGCAGCCGCCGCCGCCUCCGCCACCACCGCCGGAACAGGAGCCUCUAAAACAGCCGACCGUCACGCAGCCUCCUGUGCCCCCUGCUCAGCUGAGUCAGCCCAAAGUCGAGACUGACGCUGCCCAGGCAGCCGUACAGAGUGCAUUUGCUGUUCUGUUGUCUCAGUUAAUAAAGGCUCAGCAAACAAAACAGAAAGAUCUGGUGUUGGAGGAGAAGGAAAACGGAUCAGGAAAUGAAAUGUCGUUACAACUCAGGCAGCCUCCAGAGCCCACCACUCCUGCGUCUGUCAGCCGGGACGACGUGGAAUCGCCAGCACCUGGUUACCCGCACCUGAUCAAGUCACUGUACACGGCUGCUGCAGGUCCAGAGGAUUUGGUUAGGCAGUCUGAGAUGAGGCUUCUGAACCGAACACCCGAACAAGAACGCCCUCGGAUCUUGCCUCCAGACCAGCGACCCCCAGAGCCACCAGAGCCUCCGCCUCUCACUGAUGAAGACCUUGAUUAUCGGACAGAGAACCAGCAUUUGCCUAUAAGUAACUCUUCAGGAACAGAUCCCCACGCAGGAGUGAAAGCAGCUCUUCUACAGCUGCUUGCUCAGCAUCAAGCUCAGGCAACGACGGAGGAGCCAGUACAAACAAGUGUGGAUUACCAGGCUAGAGACUCCUAUGUAACAGGCCCAGACUACAAGGAUAACUUUGGAUCGUCUACCUUCUCCUCUGCCCACUAUGGCAGUAGCGAUGGCAUAGGAAGCGGGUCAUCGGGAGCGUUAGAAAGGAGGAACUUCCUCGGAAACUCGGAUAUUCAACCUUUGGAUAACUACAGUACUGCUUCAUCUCACUCUGGUGGUGCCCCUCCUCCGUCUGCCUUUUCAGAAUCCUUUCCCAGCUCAGUAACUGGUUACGGAGACAUUUACCUCAAUGCUGGCCCCAUGCUAUUCAGUGGAGAUAAAGACCAUAGGUUUGAAUACAGCCACGGCCCAAUCUCAGUCCUGGGGAGCAGCAGCGACGCUUCCGCAGGGCCGGAGAGCACUCAUCCUCUGCCCGCCAAGAUGCACAACUACAGCUAUGGAAGUAACUUACAGGAAAACCCCGGUGGCCUCGGCCACAUGCAUGGACAGACUUGGACUUCCCCUGCCCAAGGACCUGGCUAUUCCCAAGGAUACAGGGGACACAUUAGCACAUCUGCAGUGAGAGGGCGAGGCAGAGGAUUACCAUAUUGAGUAUCUGUUUUUCCUCAGGCACAUCAUUUUUAUCUGGAAAAACUUUUUUUUUUUCUAGCUGCAGUUUAAAGCAGCAGUUCAACAGACUUGAAUAAUGUUAAUUCAACAGCUUUAUUUUUAUGUGGAAAAGGGUCUUGCAUACAGUAGGAAAAAUUAAAAAUGCUUAAAACUCAUGCUGUCUGAAAACUAGAUGAAUUGAUUGUACAUGUUCACAAACUCUAGUUCUGAAUUUUAUUUUGUAUUUUGGCAGUUUUAAGUGGAUGCUAAAUUUAGGGACAUCAGCUUUUUAUGGCACUCUUUCAGAUCUUCUGAACUAUGCACAUUUGUGCUUUUUUUGUAAGUUUGGACCAACUUUUAUGUAAAGAAAAAAAAAGAUUUUACAACAAUCAAAGCAGGGCACUGAUUUAUUUGGUAUUUUUCUUUUUACAGAACUACCUUUAGUCAAAGGUCACUGUCAGUCUUUGCACUGCUUUCAGUGUUAUUGUGGAAGGUGUACUUUGUGCUCAUUUCAGAUAAUAAAACACAACCUUUCUCUUGAUGCAAAAUUUUAUAAAUAUUUGGUCAAUGUUAUUUUUUUUUCUUUCAAAAAAAAAAAAGGAAUGGAUGUUCUGGUAAAAUGUUCUCUCCAUCUCCCAGGCUUGUUUAUAUAAAAACUGUUUUACUUGAAUGGUAAGUGCCUUAACAUGUAAGCUUAAGGUGUGCGAAAAUUUGGAAGUACUUUAUGAAUCGAUGCGAAAAUAAUACUUAAACCUACGUAGUUGAGAUGAAAAUUCAAAUAAUAAUAAUAGGAAACUCAAAUAGGUCAUAACCUUGUGCUGUUUACUUCAUGUGGGCCAGUUACUUAGAGACCUAAUCUUAUCUUGAUGAAGUCAUAAUCUCCAAAUUGAACUUCAUAAGAAACUAUGAAAGUGAGGAGAAAAAUGAAGAGUAGUUUUUCCUCAGCUCCCCCUUGGAGUUGUAGAAAUUGUGUGACUUCUUCUGCCAAAUAAACUAUGCUUUAUAUGUCCUUA